GAGAAAAAAAAUCAUACGCAACCAUAGCGAAAGAAAAAAAAAAAUCUUUUUUUCCCCUAUCCCUCACUGAAUUCCCUCCUCUUGUUAUCUGGGUUUAUACCCAAUCCGUGCAAAAGUCACGAGAUUCGAAGGAAUCUUCCAUUGUGUGCGUGUGUUCGUACCAUGAGGAUCCGGAAACGACAAGUCCCUCUUCCUUUGUCGUCUCUGUUACCGGUCCCUCUCUCAGAUCUCUACUUCAACCGCUCACCGGCCACCACCGACGGCGACGAGGGUGAUGGCGGUAUAGGCGUUCCUCCUCCUCAUCCGCCGUCAGAUGUUUCUGAUGAGCUGAUCCGACGGUGGGGCGUUGAUUUUUCUGAUCAUGGAGCCCAUGAUGACGAUGAGAAGGAUCUGAAUGAGGAGGAGAAGGCGGCUUUGGACAAUACAAUGUUUGGAGAAGGAGAAGAGAGUGAAGAAGAAGUGGGGAGCGAGAACGUUGGUCCGGAUCCAGAAACAGCUUCCGGGAACCCCUCGCUCGAAUCAGGCUCUCCACCGCAGCAAGAGGGGCAAAAGGUUGUUCCUUUGAAGAGGAGAAGAGGCACGAGCUCUGAGGAGAACAACAGCAAAACCAAAGCCUGCAGGGCAAGCGUUAGCGAGGAGACGAAGAUGAAGAAACACGUGGGAGAUAUCAAGAAAGCAGAAGCCGAGCAUGCAGGUAUGGCGCCAUCAAGGGGACGGAAGAAAGGUAGAGGCGCUUCUUCAUUGGCUGAAGGAUCGAGGUGUAGCCGCGUGAACGGGAGAGGAUGGAGGUGCUGUCAGCAGACGAGACAAGGCUAUUCUCUGUGUCAGCAUCAUUUAGGGAAAGGGAGACUUAGAAGCAGAAAAGGGCAUGCAAAGAAGAAAGAGAUCACGAAGAAGAGGGCGAAGCUUGGGAUGGUGGUGAAGGCUCGCUCCAUAAGCAGUCUGCUUGUUCAAACUUCUGGUGCGGAGAUAACUUCGACAACAGAUCACUAUGGUGGUGGUGAUAAGUGAGUUUGCAGAUCAAGAUAUGAUCAUAUAUGACAAUGUGAGGAUAUACAACAAAAAAACAGAGUAUUAUUAUGGCAACUAAUUCAGUGAAUGUAUAAAAAAAACUAAAUAAUUAGAACAAGUCUGAAAUAUCAGACAAAACAUGUAUGCAUGAUCAA